AUGGACGGGGCUUUCGACUGUAAUCGCGAACGGAAGCGGUUGAGAGCGGAGCCGCACCGGCAACGCGGCCGGCGUGCGGUCCUCCACUCGCCAGCUGUGCUCAGUCUCUGCGGGACUGGGGUUGUCUGGAAUGAGGGCGAGGUUGAGCGGCGCAGGGCGCGCAGGCCUCGAAAACGGCCUGCGCUUAGCCUCUGCAGAAGAAGUGGCGGACGAGGGUUGCCGCCAGUCCCGGUUCAUAGCGGGGGGGAAGUCGAGCGAAGGGGGAGAAGGAGGAGAGUCACGGGGAUUCUGCAGGGAAGGUGGAGAGUAGCAGAGGUGAGGCGAGAUGCCGGGAGGGAGAGAGGCUAUGCCGCUGAAUGUGUAGAAGAAGAGUUUUUUAAACAGGGGCAGCGAUGGAUCGCGGCACCGGAGCUUGGGAGCGGCUGGGGUGGGAUGCCGUUUUGGGUGCGGAGGCCGUGGCGGUGGUUAGAGAAGUUUCUCUAG